AAUUAGAUAAGCAAUCGCUAACUAAGCCUAUAAGUAUUGCUGCAACGCUGAAAUCGUACCAAAUGAGAAAUAGCAAAUUAGCAACCAGUUCUAUCUUUAGUCGUUGUGCAGUUGCCGUGAUUCAUUUAAUUAACAGAAAAACAGAUUUAACAAAAAACACUGAAAAGAUCAAACAAAACUAUCAAAACAGAAGCAUUCCAUUCGCUCGACCUCUUUAGAUGCUGUCUCAAUCGGACAAAACUGGACCCUCGGAACUACAGUAGCGAUCGAUGCAGUGCCAGAGCUUAAAUCCAGCCGCUCGUAAAACCUCAUGAAGGCUGAAAAUUGGAAAUAAAAAAUGUUUCAUGCUCCUUAAUCGAACUAAUGACGGGGAUAAGGAUCUAAUUACAAGAGCGAUGAGUACAUCGUUCAUUGACAUAUUUCCUCUCUUAUACACAACAAAAGUUAAAUUAUAUUUAUAGAUCACGAUCACAAAACUUGAAAUCCAGCGAAGAUCUCUAAAGAAAACUUGGAAUUUAUCAAAAGUAUCAGUUUGCUGUCUAAAAAUACUGAUUGCGGCUUGGAAAAGACGGGCGAAGAUCUUUAAAUCAACUGCAUUCAAUUAAAGAGGAUUGUAUUUAAUGUUCAGUAGGAAAUCGUGGACCAUUCAGAGCAACAAUUUCGAUCAGUUAAAACUUUGAAUCCAGCUCGCUUGAAGUUUACACGAGAGGUGCAGGUUACAUGGGCCAAGUUCUUUCCGAAAUUGAUGAGAACCAGCAAGCAGAACUACACAGCGAACAGUUGAUGUGCUAUAUCACGUAGUAAUGUACACUUUCUCAGGAACUCUCGUGGAAGAAUCAAAUUAGAUGCUUCGCUAGAAGCAAGAAUAUCUUUAGCUACGUCAACGUAAUACAUUGAACUGAAGCCGGGAAACAGGAUAAUUGUUAAUCAAAAUUUGACACUUAUAAGUUACAGCUCAUUUUGAGGGAUAUUCGAUAUGAGUUUUUCACGUUACCAGUAAAUAUUUAAUCACUGUUUGGACUUCAACCGUGACAUUAAUUAAGAAAGCAUAUACUUUUUAGACUCUGAUUGGAGUUGUCGGGAAAAGCUGAUGGAAGUUAUGAACUUCUUAUUGAGACAAUUGAAAAUAAAUGUCAGGAUAAACAAAUUCAUCGGAUUGCAUCAAGUAAGCAACAAGACAGCGUUUGCACGCAUAUCCUCAAUUUCAAUAAUAGCUGCGCAUGGGUUAGCACACUUAUGACCCACUUUAAGAACUAGAUAUGCCAAAAGAAUAUGAGACAUUUUAGAUGCAAGAACUCUAGGUGGUCGAUUGCUUGAUAAGACUAAGUUAGUAUUACUGGUAAAGGUAUUCUAGUGCCACCUACAAUGAAUGUGUUUAUACUGUGGACGGCAUUUUCACUGGUGGUGCUACCAACAUCGAGUGAGAUAAAGGGGAAUGUCACUUCGUAUGACACAACAGUGAAUACAGAUCCAAUGAAUGAUGUGCAUACUGACACAGCCACAACGGAGUCUGAAAGCACAAACACCAAAUAUACCGAAAAUGGGUCGAUCCAAGUACAAGUUGAGCGUCGCACCAAUGAUACAACAGAAAGGCCCAGAGGGAGGUCAGUUGUCCCAACGAUCCCCAAGUAUAUAGUCAUUGCAACCACGUUCUUCUACGUGUUGAUUUUCCUGGUUGGUGUUUUGGGUAAUAUCUUGGUGAUAUUCGUGGUCUCAAAGAACCCGGAUAUGAAAAGUUCAACAAACUUUUUCCUGGUCAACUUGAGCAUUGCUGACCUCCUUGUCCUGAUUAUAGCCAUGCCUCCCUCACUCGUGGACGUCUACUCGAGGGAUGUUUGGUAUUUUGGGGAAGUCAUGUGUAAAGCUAUACCCUUUUUGGAAUGGGCAGUGACAAAUGCAUCGGUGUUAACGAUACUAGCGAUCAGCUUCGAGCGUUACUACGCCAUUUGUAAACCCCUCAAGGCACAGUAUACUUGCACUUUUGCCCGUAUGAUCAAGACAGUGAUAUUCAUAUGGCUAACUGCGUUGAUAGUGUCCAGUCCGUUUGCGAUCAUCCCCGAGGAAAAGGACACAAAAUGGCUGGAUGGCACUCCCAUAAAAGCAUGCCGUUUUCAGAUCAAAGAAACGUGGAUGAUGGUGUAUAUUGUAUUUUCAACAUGCGUUCUAUUUGCGUUACCCUUCGUUAUUCUUCUCGUUUUGUACAGUGUAAUCAGUCGCCAGCUUAUGACCGACUCGAACCUUUCGGAAUUAAAGGCUGACACGUCACAUACAAGUUGUAGGGCGCGCAAACAGGUAGUCUUGAUGUUGUUUAUGGUGGUGAUUAUGUACUUCAUCUGUAUGUUGCCACAGACUGUCAUCCGCUUGUGGAUUGCAACGCGUACGAAUGAACAGUUAAGAAUCCUUGGUCUUGAAAGGUAUACUAAUCUCAUUUACUCGUGUCGGGGAAUGUUUUAUUUGAACAGUUCAAUCAAUCCGGUACUUUACAAUAUCAUGUCAACCAAAUUUCGGGAGGCCUUUAUGGUUGCACUGGGAUUUCGUAAAAGGGGAUUCUAUCGAAGAGGUACGAUUGUCACGACGCUAAGUAACACUGGUAUGACGGUAACGUCUCACAGAGACAGCGUUUCGAGUAGCCAGACGGGCUAUUACCCGGGGUCAUCUGUUAAGAACUCUAGACCCUCCCAAACUUCAUUAGACCACUUGAAUAAUGGUUCAUCAGUGCAAUUCAAACUUGGAUACAAGUCAAAAAUGAAAUUUGACAAUACAAGAUCAACUCUGGAACCCCUGGUAUCUUACAAAGAGAAUGGUUAUAAAGUAUAAAACGUCUCUAUGAUGUAUGAGGGAAAUAGCUACAGGUAGUACAUGUACAUGUUCUGUCGAAAUCCGAACGAGUAGUUAUGGGGACGCCGACAAAGAUUUGGCGUUCGUAAUUUUGGCUUGAUCACGGUGAAUUUGCAUAAUGGUGAAAUGUCUGCGACUAUAUAUGAGCUAAUACCAUGUACCAACAUAGACACUGAUACAGUAUUGACCCGGUGGGUGACAGCUAAUGGAACAUAUGUCUAUUUAAAAGGCAUGUGUUAAAUAUGAAAUCCAUUUUAUUAUGGGAAUAAAGGCGACACAAUAAUAAUAUAUAUAUGAAAAUAUAAGAAUUAAAAAUAUUAUACAAAUAUCUAAUAUUUGAGGUGAAUACUUGUGCAUCUUUCACAAGUGAUAUUCCACGAAGCCCGAAUGAACUCCAGUGACUUCCAUUG